AUUAUUUUAGAAAAUGGAACAAGACGAAGAACACUCAUCGCCAACACGCUCGACUUCUUCAAACUCGGACGAGCCUACAGAAACAAUAGAAUCAGGCGAUCAAUUCGAUGUUAAUGAACCGAUUCCAACAAUUGAAACGCUUGAGCCUGUUAUUAUUUCCGCAGCUUCAGUUCAACAAUUACCUGCGAUUUCUCUUUCCGGUAACAAUGCUCAGAGAACACUUUGGAUCGGUGAUGUGCCAACAGAUUGGACCGAGGAAACGUUAUCUCAAGUUUUCACAGAAUGUGGACACGCUCCGUACAAAGUUAAACGAGUUUAUGUCAAGGACGAACUCAAAGGAUACUGUUUCAUAGAGUUUAUAACCUUUGAUGAAGCACGUCAAACACUUUAUGAUUUGAAUGGAAACCGAAUUCCAGGAUUUAAAGAUAUUCGAUUCAAUUUGUGUUUUGCAAACGACAGUUACAACCCAAACUCUGAAUUCAAUCUCCACGUCUCGAGUGUACCUGAUGAUAUGGCAGAUGCCGAAUUAUAUAGAAUUUUUGACAAAUAUCAAUCGUGUCGCGGUGCCAAAAUGUUCCGAUUUGUCGAUGGAUCAUCCAAAGGAUCUGGUUUUGUAAGAUUUGGAAAUCAAACUGAUCAGCAGAUGGCACUAGUCGAAAUGCAUCGAACAAAAGUCGGAGGUUGUAGAAUUAUAUUGAAAUUGGCAGGAUCUCGUGGCGAACGUCUCGAUCGAGGGGAAUCGAGGCAAUUCAAAUCGCAGCGAAACGAUAGAAGAAGAGACGAAAAAUCUGGUCAGUAUCGAAACGGCACAGCAGUUCCCCAGCAAACGCAGGUUUACGAUGCAUAUGGAAAUCCAGUAGUUGUUCCUGUGGAUAAAAAUAUUUAUGGAACUGAUCAUCCAUGGGGACCAUUUCCCGACGAUCCAGAUUUGGAUUCAAUUAUUGGGCUCGAUCUUCUCACCACCAAAUAUCGUCCUCAAAUCGCUAACAAACGUCUCAUGAUUGACACGGAUCAGUUUAUGCUUGAUCUCGAAUCAAGCCGAUGGAGCUCAAUUGCUUUCAAUACCAAUAUUAAAAAGGAAGAUUUUGAGAAAAGGAUUACCGAUAAUCCAUGGACUGCUGUACCAUAAUGAUUUCUUCCAACAGCUUUACUCACCAUGUUUCAAAUUCUCAAAAUAUUUCCCCAUUCUCAUUUUCCCUCAUACUUUUCUUUACAUUUGUCAUUCUGUCAGACAUUGUCAACAUAAACCAUAUUUAUUUACCAACUAUCGACACAUAUUCUUGACUCAUCCCUGUAUGUUUGACCAUAUAUGGUCACUCCUCCUCGAAACAUAUUCUUCUCGUCGUUACCACUUGAUUUCUUUUUGGUUCCGUCUGACUCAGAAAAUACUUUUUUGUCCCAUCAAUUCAAUUACACCAUUUUAGUUUUGAACUUUCGACAUAAAAAAGUAGUCCCGACAAAA